AUGGCGAAUAUUGGAGAUGAGACGGAUGAGGAGCUUACAGGCCCCCCUGGAGCCACCGCCUCAGCGCACGGAAUGGGUCCUGCGCCUUUCAUGCAGCCACCGCCUACAAACCCUUUUCAGCCAACGAGCCCUACCAAUGCUGGAAGUGAAAUUGCUAUGACAGCUGCCGACUUGAGAGUUCUUAUGCAACGCAUGUCGGAGGCCACACAGGCUGCCAGUGCGGCUGCUCAAGCCGCCGCUUUUGCAAGCACGGCCCAAGGUGCUCGACCUAUGGGUGUUGGAGAUCUGACCAAGGUGCUACCGAAGCCGGAUCCGUUCCGGCCCACUACGAGAGAUGAGGAGUUUGCGCAAUGGCCUCAGUGGAGCUGGACGUUUGAACAGUAUUUAUCGUGCUUGGAACCAGAGUUCAGCAGCGAGCUUCGUGAGUAUGGCCGGCAGCAGACAGCAGUGAUCUUGAGUUCUCUUGAUGAUGGUGCCAAGCGGCGGUCUCGGCUGCUGUACGGCAUGUUGAAUGGCCUACUGUAUGAACGCGGCAGGCGACUGUUGCGAUCUGUUCAGGAGCAGAACGGGUUUGAGGCAUGGAGACUGCUCAGCAAAGAUCUUAUGCCAAAGACCCGCAAUCGAGUUUUAGCUUUGCUGCGUACGAUCAAUAGCUGGCCGUCUUUUGCGGCCCAACAAGGACUUGCCCAGCAGCUGCUGCGACUUGAAAGCGCCUUUGAGGAGUAUGAGCGCCUCGAGCCAGGCGGUCUCCCGGAGAACAACAAGAUGGCCACUCUCCUCAGUUGCCUGACAGGCCAGCUCCGUCAGCAUGCCAAUGUAGUCAUAUCUGACGACAGCACGUACAGUGAUUUGCGUGAGCUUGUGCUGCGUUGGGAUGGAGCUAACACGAAGUGGCAAACCAGUGUUGCUUCGAGUUACGGCCUGAGUGAUGGAAAGAAAGGCUUGCAUGAUACCGGCGAUGUUGCGCCGAUGGAUAUAGACCGUGUGCAUGCAAAAGGUGAUAAAGGCAAAGACCGCAAGGGCAGGCCCAAAGGCGGCAAAGGCGACAAAGGCAAAGACGACAAGGGCAAGCACAACAAAGGCAGCAAAGGCGAUGCAGGCAAAGGCGACAAGGGCAAGAGCAAGGGAGGUAAGGACAAAGGUGGCAAUGCAAAGGGCAAUUGGCCCUCCGUGUGCAGUUGGUGCCAGAAGCCGGGGCACUACAAGCGUGACUGCUUUCAGUUCAAGGCCUACAUGCAAGGCCACCAGAAAGGUGCCCGGCAGGUUCAGGCCAACUCUUCUGCAGCGUUCGAUGCCGGCACUAGCACGACUGCCCCAUCUUCUGCGAGUGCCCUUCAAGCCCAGCAAGGCAAAGCAGGACAGUCCACCGUUCGCCGUGUUGCGGCUGAGCCACUUGUUUUCGACAUGUCAGACCUGGAGGAUCCGUUUCCUUAUGAGCCCAAUGUCUGUAUGAUCACUGUGACUGCGCCACAGAGUUAUGCAAUGGAUUCCCAGGAUGAUGAUGACCAGUGGACCCUGCCUCCUGAUGACUAUGCUGCGCUUGACUUGGCGCCGAGUCCUGCUACUGCGUGUGUUCGAGCAGUGACUGACGCAGGCCAGUGUGUGAUCAUCGACUCGGGUGCCGACAUCUCUUGCAUCCCUGAGACUUUUCAGUCUUGUGGCCGUGCCGCUCGUGCACGACCGCUGCAGGUUCAAGAUGCCCAAGGAGGCGCGAUGAAGAUUCAGGCCGAACGGUUGAUAGAGUUUGUGCUGUUUGGUGGGCCCCGGCCCGUGGUCAUUCGUGAACGCUGCAUUGUGGCAAAGGUCACCCAACCACUGUUAAGCCUUGGACGACUCAUGCGUAAGGGAUGGUGGCCUAUUCGCCAAGGUCAAGGUGACAAUGCAGGCGCAGGUCCUAUGUGCUUGCGCCACCCACGGAGUGGUGCCGAGGUGCCCCUGCUGUUCAAAGGCUACUCAUUGGCCGUGAAUGCUCAGAUCCGUCGUGUGGAGCAUGAGGGCCAAGACUUGAUGUACUACAAUCCAGGUGCAGGUGAGGUCAACAACCACUCUGAGGACGAAGUGAGCGAGAGCGAGGUCCGUGAUGCCAACAGCCAGGUCCGUGAUGCCAACAGCCAGGUCCGUGAUGCCAACAGCCAACAGGUUCGUGAUGCCGACAGCCAACAGGUCCGUGAUGCCGACAGCCAACAGGUCCGUGAUGCCAACAGCCAACAGGUUCGUGAUGCCGACAGCCAACAGGUCCGUGAUGCCGACAGCCAACAGGUCCGUGAUGCCGACAGCCAACAGGUCUGUGAUGCCGCAUGCAGUCAUUCUCAGUUUCAGGUCACAGGUGAGGUCCAAGAGGUGUGCCCAAGCCAGGUGCAAGUUGCGUCCAUCCAGGUGCGUUUUGAGGCUAAGACGCUUGAGUCUCUCGAUUUCGGAUGGCAAGUCAGUUCGUCUGGUCACCUGGUGUGGAGAGGUCGCACAAGUAGGUUUGUCGAUCCGAGUUUCAUGGCGCCAAUCGGCUGGCCUCUCAGGAGCACCCUCAUUUGCCGCAGUGGGACUUGGUUUCUGCUUGAGCACUGCGUGCCGUGGGCUGACUUGAAAGAGGUUGAAGCCGUUUUGCCCGGAGGUCAGGUUGCUGAGGUAAUUUCAUUUUUGCACGUGCAGGUUGAGCCCGUGUCAGAGAUAGGUGUGCAGCUCCCUGCAGGCAUGACCGAACCACAAGGUCUGCCAGAGCCAGAUUUUUAUCAUUUUCGAGCAGAGACUGAGCAAGCGCCUGUCGGGACAGUUGAGCAUGAUCGUGUGGUGCCCGAUGAUGAGGCUAUGCAAGGCCUAGAGGAUGCAGCUGGACAACCGAGCCCAGCGCCAAUGCCACUGCCCGACCAGUUGGAAGCUGGAGAGCCAACCGACAAUGUCGAGCCGCUGAGCCUUGAUGGUGUGCUCAUUGCGCAUGACUCCAGCCUAGCUGUUCUGAAAACUGCGGCAGCCAAGCUGAACCUUAGUACGGCUGGCUCCAAGUCCCGCCUCUUCAGCCGUGUCAAGGGAUAUCUUGAGAAGCAGCGUUUGGCCUUAGAGUUGGAGCUUGCUGCCGAUGCUCAAUCCUCAGGUGAGAGGCAACCCAGGGUUCAACCGGUCGCAGCCGCGCCCACCGAGGCAGAACGAUUCCUUCAUGAGUGCACCCACGUGCCUUUCAAGCCAUGGUGCCCACACUGCAUCAGCAUGCGAGCAAUGCCCGAUCGGAGUGAGUACUUGAAGGAGGGCCCCCGCGACAACCCAAUUAUUCAAUUUGAUUUUUCAUUUUCAGGGUACAGUGUGCCAGACGGCAUUUGCAACCUCGAUGCAGCUCCUGAGGACUCCCAGCGUGCACUUAAGUGCCUUGUGGCACAUGACAGCGCUACUGGCAUGAUCGCAGCGAUUCCAUGUGAGUCCAAAGGCGACACAAGGUACCUAGGCAUCGAGCUUAUGAGGUUCAUCCAAAGCCUCGGUCACACCACCGUGACCCUGAAGUGCGACAACGAGCCCUCCACUCUGACUCUGCAGCGAGCUAUCGUCACGGCUCGGCAACGGCUCGGGUUGCAGACGCUUGUUCAGAAUCCUGCCAUAGGUGCCAAAGGUUCCCUAGGCUUUUGUGAGAAGGCCAUUGACUCGGUGCGGAAGCUUGCAAACACUUUGCUUGAUCAGGCUCGUCACCGCACCGGCCUUCCCCUGCCUACAACGCAUGUUCUGUUUGCCUGGGCUUUUGUGCACAGUGCGUGGCUGCUCAACAGAUACAGAGUGAUUGGCAACAUGACAGCCUAUGAAAGGGCCUGUGGGGCUAAGUACAGUGGGCGAAUUGCGCCGUUCGCCGAACCGGUUUACUGCCAGCUUGAUGUUAAGCAGAAAGGCGACAAGCGGUGGAUGCUUGGAAUCCUGGUGAGCAAAUCCUCGCUCAACGACAUGUACAUCAUUGCUGGCAAGGACGGAAUACGACUGUCACGAUCCAUCCGCCGUGUGGGUCAACCUUGGGAGCUUGAAGUGCAGCUCUAUCGUGAGCUGAAGGGCUACCCUUGGGAUUAUGGAAGUGGUGUUAUAGGCACCAAGUUUGUGGCAAUGCCGAAGCAACGGCCAGCGGCUGUGGAUCCAGUGCGGGAUGUUGCACCGCCAAGGUCCCCUGAUGAGGCUGCGAGCGAGCCUCCAACACCUGCAGUUGAGGCACUGGGGAUGCCGGUUACGCCGUUGGGCGGGGCCGGAGCAAUGGCGCCACCGAGGCGCAAUGUGCCUCCUCCUGAGAGUGCUCGAGCAAUUCCAGAUGAGAGCAUGGCUGGUGUUGAAGCUGAGCCUCCGGGGCCCAAUCCUGCAAUGAGGCCCGAUCCACCUAGCACGCCUGAAGCAGAACUGCCACCGUUGAAGAAGCUGCGCAUUCGUGCUGUGACUUUUGGUGAGCAGUCCUAUGAAGUGAACGAUGAAGGCGAGUUUGAUUUGGACCAGCCCGACGGCUGGGAAGUGCAGACCAAGCUGUGGUCCAUGGAGUCCGAGACGGACGACAGUUUCAUGAAUGAGGUGAAGGCCAAUCCCGAAGCGGAAGUGGCCGAAGAUGAUGACAGACUGUGGUUUCCUGACAAUGGAAGGGAGCCAGAGCUCGAUGAUGCCAUUUUGGCCGAGCUUGACAACCUUGCUGAUCAAGUUGAGGUCAGCAGACUGCUGAAGAAAUCUGUGCUAAGACAUGCCACGAGUGAUGAUGAUCUGGGUUCGAUGAAGAGCCUCACUACAAAGUUUGUUCGAACGUGGCGGCACAAGAAGCGGAAUGGGGUUCCUUCAUGGUACCGCCGAUCCAGACUGUGUGCUCGGGAGUUUCGGUGGUUGGAUGAGUCCAAAGAAGGGUUGUUUAGCCCUGCUACAAGCACGGACAUUGUGCGCCUCAUCCCGGCGCAGUGGCUGAAUUGGAAGCAAUCGCGGCCAUCCGAGCAGUAUGCCAUUUUGGCGCUCGACGUGAAAGAUGCAUACCUUGAGGUUCCCCAGCCGACGCCAGUGGUUUCCAAAGUGCAAGGUCAAGACCUCGUGUUCAUGCGAAUGGUUCCGGGGCAACGUGAAGGAUCACAACAGUGGUUCUCACACUUCUGCGAGUAUCUCGGAGAGCACUUCGUGAUUGAAAAGUGCAAGGAGUGCCCUGCGGUAGUGCAUGUCAGCAGCAAGCCAGGAUCUGAUGGAGUUUGUGCAGACAAGGGUCCGGGCAUGAUCCAUGUUGAUGAUUCCUUGCUUCUUUUGCCGCUCCAGUGGGCCCGCGAGUGCUUUCUUCCAGUGAUUGAACAGCGAUUUCAGAUCACGUAUGAGCUUGCAUAUGAGGUGGGUCAUUCUUUCAGUUUCCUCAAGCGUGAGCAUACGAUUACAGAACAGGGUUUUGUGAUUCGGCAACCCUCUUCCUACAUUGAGCAGAUGAAGCAGACCAUGAAUGUCACGCAAAACAACCGACAACGGGUUCCAUGUUGGAGUGAACUUCGUGCUAAGGACACCACCCGUGAGCUCAACCACACCGAUGCAAGCAAGUUUCGACAAGCAGUGGGAACAGCCUUAUACAUAUCUUGCGACCGGCCCGAUGUGGGCUAUGCUGUGCGCAUGCUUGCAAGCUACAUGGCGAGGCCGACUGAGCAUGCAAAGGUUGGUUUGAUCAAGCUGAUCCAGUACCUUAUCAACACAUGUGAUUAUGGGAUCCUGAUGAAGUUUGCCGCUCCUGGGACAAGGAAACUGAACGGUUAUGUGUAUGAUUCUGGUUGUGCAGAUGACGCUGAGCGUAAUGUACUGGAGGUGUUUUCGGAUGCCGACUGGUCAGGGUCGAAGAAGGAUCGUCGAUCAUAUGGUGGAGCGAGUUUCUGUGUGAACGGACAAUAUGUCCACUACAUCUGUAGAUCUCAGAAGUGCAUCAGUUUGAGUUCGAUGGAAAGCGAGUACUACAGUGCUGUGGGAAGCGCGUGCCAGGGGCUGUUCAUGAAGGCUGUGAUCGAGUUUAUGAGCCGGAGCCCCUGCGACCUGAUCCUGUAUGUUGACAACCAAUCGUGCAAGGCCUUCUGUUUGCGUCAGGGAGUUACAAAAGCCAGCAAGCAUUUCGAGGGCCGGCUAUUGUGGUUGCAGGACAUUGUUCAGCAGAAGCGGCUGGUGAUGAAAUACAUCUCGACCCACUUCAAUUUAGGAGACCUUCACACCAAGCCACUUUCCCCAAGCCGAUUGCGAACUCUACUGUUUCUUCAUGACUUUGUGGACUGCCACUCAAGGCCAAUCGGGGAGAAUGAGUGGGAGCACACGUGCACUGCGGCGACGAUCCGAGCUCAGGUCAAGCGUGUUCGUACAGUGGCAGGCAAUGACAUGUCGAACACGUGGGUUAAGCGAGUGGCAAUGCUUUUGCUUAUGAUGCCGAUUCCUGCGGAAGCGAGUGCAGUGACAAGUGUCAACAUGAGUGCAUGUUUCUUCCUUGCAGUGCUUGUUUCGAUGUACAUGGCAGUGUAUGCAAUGGAGAGCACGGCAGAGCAUGGUGCCAAUGGUGGUGAUGAAGGAUGGCUGUAUAUUGCAGCACCCGGCGGGCCGUGGUACCGUCGUGGGGCAAUGUAUGCCGCUUGUGUUAUGAUGGCGACAAUUGCUUGGGGCCUUGGGUCAAUUUCGGCCGGUUUCUUUCGUGAUGUGGAGAUUGAAUCUACCACUACGACUACGACAACGACGACAACGUCAAGCAGCCAUGAUAUGAUUUCUUUUAUGCUUCUUUGCGGGCUGCUGUGCAUACUUGUGGCACUGAGCAUUUUGCUCGUGCGCACUCGGUGUGCGCUCAAUCGAGAGCGCACUGAGGUCCGAGAACUUGGAGCUUUGUGUUCGGCUCUAUGGGAUGAGCAGAAGGACGAUAAGAGGGCGCUUCACGAGCUGAAGCGCGAGAAUCGUUCAUUGCGGGACGAGAACGCGAUGAUACAACUUGAGUUCUAUGAAAUGCCUCACGGAAGGCAGUGUGCAAUGCGUGAUGCUACCACGCAGACAUGA